CUCUCUCUCUCUCUCUCUCUCUCUCCCCUCUAUCUCUUCCUCCUCUCAGCCGCCUCCGCUGCAGGCCAGGAGCUAUCCAGUGCUGAACAAGUGAUUUUUUUUUCUUUUUUUUUCAGCAGCGUAAGCGGGUGUGUGUGUGUGUACAGUAACACACACUCACACACAGUAUUGUACCAUCAGACAUCUCUCUCCUCCAGCGUGCUCUUCAUUUCUUUCCUUCAUCAGUUUUCUUUUUUAGUUCCCGAGAUCUGGAUCUUGUUUUUUUUGCACGACGGAUUUCAUUCGGGACGAUUUGAUCUGUUUUUUGCGGGUCAGUCUGCGACCGAUGUGAAGGAUUUUCUGGUGCGUCUGUGCGACCGUAAACCAUGCCUCGCUCGUUUCUGGUGAAGAAAAUCAAACUGGAUGAUUUUUCCUCAUCUCCCGUGUCUAAUCAUCAUCACCAUCAUCACAAUGACCGCCAUAUGGACGACUCCUUUACGCGCUCGCGCUCCAGUUUGGGAGUCCGGCUUUGCGAAAACGGCUACAUCAAGGAUUACAUCAGCUCGUCCGAGUACACGGAGGAGAAGCAGGCCGACAUGAAGCUGAACUCAGAGCUGCUGUACUCUCCGGUCAGCAGUGGAGGAGGAGAGUAUUGCCAACCAGACCUGGAGCAUCCAGACAGCCCUCAGUCCGGCCUCACAGCCCGCGGAUACUUCAGCAGCGAGAGCGAGUCUCUCAGCGAGGGCUACACCAUGGACGCGUUCUUCAUAUCCGACGGCCGUUCUAGAAGAAAGGGAGAAGUCUCGGAAGCAGCGAAGGCCGAUGAAGUGGAGAAAGAAGUGGUUGGAGUGAACAACGGCGGAGCACGGCACACCUGCAACGAGUGCGGCAAGACCUACGCCACGUCCUCCAACCUGAGUCGACACAAGCAGACCCACCGCAGUCUUGACAGCAAGAUGGCACGCAAGUGUCCAACCUGCGACAAGGUUUACGUGUCCAUGCCGGCGCUGGCCAUGCACAUACUCACUCAUGACCUCAAGCACAAAUGCCACGUGUGCAGCAAAGCCUUCAGUCGGCCGUGGCUGCUGCAGGGGCACAUGCGCUCGCAUACAGGAGAAAAACCAUUCGCCUGCGCCCACUGCGGAAAAGCCUUUGCCGACCGCUCCAACCUACGGGCACACAUGCAGACGCAUUCGGCCUUCAAACACUACAGCUGCAAGCGCUGCAAUAAGACCUUCGCGCUCAAGUCCUACCUGAACAAGCACUACGAGUCGGCCUGCUUCAGAGGCUCCGGAGACGAGGACGAAUCUGGCUCAGAGAAUUAACAAGUCGGAAAAGAUAAAGAUGUUUUAAUGCUCGCAAAAAUCCCCACAAGACUCCCUAUUCACAAACCCCACUCUCCCUUUUUUAGAAAGCAAUAUUUUCACCAAGAAAAAAAAAACCCUGAACCAACCCAAUAAUAAGACAAUAUUGAAUAGAUGCUGGAUUUUUUUUCUUUGGUAAAAACUAAACUAAAAAAAAAAGACCCUCUCAUAUAGACAUGUACAAUUAUGAGGCUUGGCAUGCAAAUUUUUAUGAACAUAAUACUAUUAAUAACGAUAGUAAUAAUAUUUAGAUUCCUGAUGUUUUAUAGCAAAUCCUAAAAAAAGACAUAAAAAAGGACAGCAACAGGUUUGUGCUUUUUGAGAAAUGAAAAUCAAUUUGUAUUUUUAUGCUGCUCUUUUAUUUUGAAUUCUUUUGCAACUGCCAACAUGAACUUUUUAUGAAAAUGUGAAUAAUGACAGUAUUUGCAAAAAAAAAAGAACAAAAAAAAAAAAAGAUUGUAGACCUCUGAAAAGGUACAAACUUUUGUUACACUUUUGGUAUUUGAUUUAUAAUUGUUAUUUUUAUAUUCAAAGUCUCCUGCAGUUUCUUGGUUCCAUUAUUUAUUUGCUUUUUUAUUUAUUUAUUUAUUUGUGCCAAUCACGUCCUGUAACUGUUGGAUCAGAGCCCAUCACUCUGUGUUUACCGUAUGGAGGAAACAGCACUCAAGACUUUUCAAUGAUCUCCAAACACUCCGAAUAUAUGGAUGACAGGGAUUUUCUCUGCUCGCUCUGCUGGGCUUCCUCACACUAAAACAGACUGCAUGCGCUCCAGACACGUGGAGCUUCGGCCCUUGUCUUCCUGCUCCAUGAUUACCUCACCCAGAGGCAGGUAUGACCUCAAACCUCUGCUCUGUCCACGCUCUCAAAGAUCCCAUCACACAAACCUCAUUUCUACCAUUCCAGUAUUAUUAUCAUCAUCAAGUACUUAUGUAUUUAUGUAUGCACUAUUUUGAUUUCCCUUAUUUAUUUCAUGUGUAUUUAUUUAUUUAUGAUCUAUUUAUUUAUUUAUUUGGUUGAUUAUUCUGUGUGUUAUUGGAUGCUGAACUGCCGUUGACCUUUUAAGAUGCUGCUCUUUAAUGAAAAACUUUAUAUGCAUGAUCCAGCUGUAGAAGGAUUUUAUUCUCUCUCUCUAUUUUUUUUUUAAGAGGCACGGUACGCAAUGUUUGAAAGCGGAUGAAUUCAGGUUGAUGAUGCUUUGUUUAAUGGGCAAUAAUUCCUCUUGGGUACAGCAACUUGUAUAAUCAAAGCUGUCCUGUUAGCAGUCAAUGUAGGGCAAUAAACAAGAACCUCCUUAAUA